AUGGCUACAGAUACUGUCUCUCAUGUCGAUGUGCUCAUCGUCGGAGCCGGGCCAGCUGGUCUAAUGGCCGCAACGUGGAUGGCGAGAUGUGGGAUCAAUGCGAGGAUUAUCGACAAGAGGGGUACCAAGAUCUAUAACGGUCAAGCAGAUGGGCUUCAAUGUCGCUCCUUAGAAAUCUUCGACUCGUUUGACUUUGCAGAUAGGGCAUGGAAGGAAAGCAAUCAUAUACUUGAGGUUUGCCUCUGGAACCCAGAUUCUGAAGGAAGGCUGAGAAGAUCCGAUAGACUACCGGAUACUAUUCCAGGCAUUAGUCGCUUUCACGAGGCAGUUUUGCACCAAGGUCGAAUAGAACGUUUCUUUCUCGAUUCUCUAAAACAGCAUAGCAAUAUCAGAGUUGAGCGCGGGGUUCUUCCGGACAAGCUCACUUUCGACGGAACAAAAGCGGACGAUCCGAACGAAUACCCUAUUGAAGUUCUUUUACAGCAUCUCAGUGAAGAUCAAGCGAAUCCCGAGCAGAAUCAAUCAACAGUGGAUGGAGGAGCAACUUCCGAUGGCCUCUUCCGAAGUAAUUUGGCGCCUGAUGAUACCGAUGAACUCCUAAACAACGCACAUAAAAAUGGCUUGGCAGGAAGCAGUGAGAUCGUAAAGGCAAAGUACAUGAUAGGAUGCGAUGGCGCACAUUCCUGGACCAGAAAGCAACUAGGAUUCAAACUCGAAGGUGAACAAACAGAUUACAUUUGGGGUGUACUCGAUAUUAUUCCAAUCACAAAUUUUCCCGACAUUCGAAUGAGAUGUACUAUUCACUCAGCAAGCUCAGGAAGUAUGAUGGUUAUACCAAGAGAAAAUAAGCUCGUCAGACUUUACAUUCAAAUCACUACUACAGAAAAGGGGGCAAAGGUUGAGCGGUCGGCCAUCAAUCCAAAGAUGAUUUUGGAAGCCGCUCGAGGAACAAUAGCACCAUACAAGCUAGAUUAUGAGUAUUGUGAUUGGUGGACAGCUUAUCAAAUUGGUCAACGAGUCGGCUCGAACUUUUCCAAGAACGAGCGUAUAUUUCUAGCUGGUGAUGCAGUACAUACUCAUUCACCGAAAGCUGGACAAGCUGCUGUUCUUAAUGGAACCGCUAAUCGAUCAAUCCUGAAGACUUAUCAAUCAGAACGUCGACGGAUUGCCCAAGAUCUCAUUGCAUUCGAUCAUAAAUUCUCUCGACUCUUUUCUGGUCGUCCAGCAAAAGAUGCCACGGAUGAGGCAGGUAUUAGCAUGGAUGAAUUCAAAGACGUUUUCAAAAAGGGGAGUUUGUUUGCUAGUGGUGUAGCCGUGAAUUACGGUGCUAGCAUCAUCGUUGCGAAAGAGGGGGAUGCUGCAGAGCAAGGAGAUGGGACUGAUGUAGCCCAGAAAAUUACAGCUAGAGUUACAGGUAAACAACAUCUGGCUUCUAAUAUCAAAAUUGGUAUACGAUUGCCUAGUUUCAAAGUUCUUAACCAAUCGGAUGCGAGACCUUGGCAUUUCCAAGAACGUUUAAAGAGUGAUGGACGCUGGAGAAUUGUUAUUUUUGCUGGGGAUAUCUCAAAUGAUGUCCAAAUGUCUCGAAUAACCACUCUAGGUCAGGAAUUACCUGACCUAGUCCAAAAGUUCACACCCGAAACCAAAGCCAUCGAUUCAGUAAUCGAAGUCCUCAUGAUUCACAGCGCACCAAGAAUACAUAUAGAACUUUUAGAUCUCCCGGAUAUCUUCCAUCAUUUGAGUCAGAGGGAUGGAUAUGACUACAACAAGGUCUAUGUAGAUGAUAUGUCGUAUCAGGAGGGGCAUGGGAAGGCGUAUGAGGGGUAUGGUGUUGAUGAGAAGAGAGGAUGUGCUGUAGUGUUGAGACCGGAUCAACAUGUUAGUUGGAUUGGGGAAUUGGAAGAUAUAGAGGAGAUGGAGAGGUUUUUUAUGGGUUUUAUGGUGGUGAAAAGGAACCCCCAAGAAAAUUCCAACGUAGAACAAACCACCAAGAAGGAUCCCAAGUCCUCAGAAAAACUAGAUAGGUAUGCAUAA